CUAACUACAACUUAAACAUGUUUUUGAGGUUAUAGCGUGUAUUUGAAACAUGUGGUAAUUUCAUUUUUCUGUAAUAAAUUAAGAAGAAACAACAUAGCAAUUAUGCCGAUCACAAAAAGAAAACGCGUAUCGAAAAAGUCCAAAUUAUCGUGGCGAAAACAUGUGAAUAUUACUGACGUAGAAGAAUUUUUGGAAGACCAACGACUUGAGGAACGUUUAGGGCCCCCACUAGCAACCUUGAACAAUGAUGAAUUAUUUCAAGUAGAUACGAAACCGGCAAAAUCAGAACCGAUUUCAAUAAGAAAUCGUAAAAAGUUAAAACUACAGAAACCUCCAAAGUGUUUUUCAAUUUUGGAACCUCACACUAAGGUUCCGGAUCCAAUUACAAAAAGAAAUCGCGUAAGAAGUAAAGAAGAGAGAAAAAAUGAAUUAAUUAAGAAGAAAGAAGCAGAAAAUCGUGCAAAAGGUAUUUUAAAGCACAGAGAAUUACAAGCUCUGCAUGAUAGAAAAGUUAAUGAAAACAAGAAACAGACUAUACCUAAAAGAGGAGAUUUUAAUCAAAAUAUUUGGAGUGAAGAAGACAUUUUGAAUGAGAAAAAUGAAUGGUUCUCAAAUAGUACAACUAAACAUAAUUUGGUUGGAACUGGAAAAUCCCGAAAAACUGUUAAAACCCCCAAAAGACCAAAAUCAAGUAUCUUACCCUCAGUUGAGUCACCUCACCCGGGUAUGUCUUAUAACCCCAGUUACGAAGACCACCAAGAUCUACUUAAAACUAUUGCUGAAAAAGAAAUAAAAAUAAUCAAAGAAGAAGAACACCUGAAUCGCGUUACAAGAGACAUGUUUAGUAAAGUGUCAGAAAAGCAAAAAAAUUCUAUGUGGAUGGAGGAAAUGUCUCAAGGUUUACCUCAAGCCUCAACGCAACAAAGCGAUAAUGAGAGUGACGGAGAAUACAAAUCAGUCAAUCCACCAACAAAAAAUCGUAAGAAGACCCAACAGCAGAGACGCAAAUUGAGAGAACAAAAAAAACUAGAAUUACUGAGACAAGUUGCUAAGAAGGAAAAAAAGAAAAUUUCAGACAUUCACCAAAUAAGACUCCUGAAAACACAAAUAGAAAAACGGGAAAAAACCACACAAAUCUUGAGAGAAAAGCGAAAGAAAGUGCAAGAAUUGAAAAAGACAGAACCUAAACGUUUGAGUGCAAUUAAAUUUGAGGAAAGCGAAUUCGAGUUCAACAUGGGUUCAGAUAUAGCGGGAAAUUUGCGGAACCUUAAAAAGGAAGGAAACUUACUUACUGACAGGUUCAAGAGUUUGCAAAAACGAAACAUCAUUGAACCUUCCAUUAGGAGACAUAGGAAAAAACCAAAAGUUAAAGUUUACACGAAACCAACUCAUAAAGAUGACUGGAUUACAACAGUAGCAAGGAAAACAUCAUCAUAAGAAAUGUAAUCAAUUUAUUAUUCAAUCCGUUGUGGGUUCAUAAAAAUACAUUUUUAGUUUGUAUAAAAUGUAUUAUGAAACAGUUGCAGUAAUAAAUAAAGAACUAAAAUAUUUUAUUGCUUUG